UAAAAAGAUGAACUUCUUCUUCUCUGAAGCCGAAUCCUAGGGUUUUCUCUGCACACAACUCGCUCCAAUGGGUAAGGGAACAGGAAGUUUCGGUAAGAGGAGGAACAAGAGUCACACUCUCUGUGUGAGAUGUGGUCGUCGUAGUUUCCACAUCCAGAAGAGUCGUUGCUCGGCUUGUGCUUACCCUGCCGCUCGCAAGAGGACUUACAACUGGAGUGUGAAGGCCAUCAGGAGGAAGACUACUGGUACCGGAAGGAUGAGGUAUCUCCGUAAUGUUCCCCGACGCUUCAAGACUGGAUUCAGAGAAGGUACUGAAGCCAAGCCAAGGAACAAGGGAGCAGCUUCAUCAGCAUAAAGAGUCAGUUCACAAGUAAUUGCAGGAAAGAGUAAAACUUAGCUUUUCGCUCUCAUCUAGUUGAAGAUUACAAUUCCUGAGGAUCUAAAUACAUUUAUGUUUUGUGGGUUUUGUUUCGUUUUCGUUAUUCACUUCAAAAGUUUUGAACUUGGUUGAAACAUCAUCUUACAUUUGCAAUUUCAACUAGCCUUCUUCUACUCUUGCAAAUUA